AUCUCUUUAACUUAUACAGACAGUUUCAGUUGUCUUAAAGGGACAUAAUGAGCUGCAGGGCAUUUCCACGAAUUAAGACUGUCCGUGCGUACGUUUCACAGGCCCAGGAAGGAGACCAGGGAGCCGAUUGUCAUGACGUCAGCGACCAACACUGGAUCAAUGGAUAUCCGACGCCGGUGGCGAAUCAGAUGUCGAUGUAUGAACUUUACCAACCAUUGAGAAAAUCCUGGGGAAUAAAUGCCCUAGGUUCACUUGUUGUUGAAGUGGAAGCCGAAGACGGCACGACAGGUGUAGGCGUGUCCAUAGGCGGAGAACCUGGUUGCUUUAUUGUUGAGAAACAUUUAAGUAGAUUUAUAGAAGGGCAGGACCCUCGUAAUGUAGAGCUUAUUUAUGAUCAGAUGUUUCGUUCCACCUUAAACUAUGGCAGGAAGGGACUUCCUAUCCAAGCAAUAAGUGCUGUCGACUUGGCGCUAUGGGAUUUACUUGGAAAGAUACGAAAUGAACCAGUGUACGCUUUGAUUGGCGGCAAAACAAAGGAGCGACUUCCAGUCUAUUGUACUACAGCUAGACCAGAUCUCGCCCAAAAGUUUGGUUUCGUUGGCGCCAAAAUUCCAUGUCCGUACGGUCCUUCGGCUGGAAAUGAAGGUUUAAAGAAAAACAUUGAGUUCUACAAAGGAUGGAGAGAAAAGGUUGGAGACGAGUUCCCAUUGAGCCUCGAUUGUUACAUGGCGUUGACUGUCCCGUAUGCUACACGUCUUGCCAACGAGCUCGAGCCGUACGGUUUGAAAUGGAUGGAAGAAUUUCUGCCACCGGAUGAUUACGAGGGCUAUGCUCAAGUACGUGAAAAUCUACGUGGUUCAAAGGUUUUGUUGACAACGGGAGAACAUGAAUACAAUCGUUAUGGUUUUGAUAGACUUAUACAUUCUAGAUGUGUUGAUAUUCUGCAACCGGAUAUCACGUGGUUAGGCGGAAUUACGGAGGCAAGGCGAGUGGUUUCUAUGGCAGCCGCUCAUGAUACAAUGAUUAUACCUCACGGCUCAAGCGUCUAUUCUUACCAUCUUCAGUAUGCAUUUACCAACUGCCCAGUUGCCGAAUAUAUCAACCUCAGCCCUAAAGCAGAUAAAAUAGUUCCAUACUUCGGGGGACUAUUUCCCGACGAACCACUGCCUGCGGAUGGUUUCAUUGAUCUUCCAGACCGUCCAGGAUUUGGUGUUACCCUGUGCAAGAAAACGUUGAAGAGACCGUACGAGCGUUCCGCUGAGGAAUCCAAGAAAAAUGCUGACAUAAAUAAGGAGUACAAAGGACCGAAAAAGGCACAUAUGCCUUUCUAAUUGAGAUAACUUAGUAAACAGAGUGAUAUUAUAAGUGACAGACAAGUAAAUACAAGUACUCUGUUAGUACAAUUAUUCUUUUAAUUACUUCGCAUGUAUUAGAGUUCGAAAUUUAUGUUGUAUAUUUAUACAUAUUGAAUAAAUGUAGUAUUCUGUAUUUAAUGUGAUCAAGGGCAUUCACUCUUAUGACAUAUAGUUUUUCAAAGCUUGCAGUGAAGUCCCUUGAAAAUAUGUUCGAAUAAUUUGAUAAGAUGUGUGAAAAGUCAGGGAAAUAUGCGAAUAAAAACUGCUCUUAUCACAUAAAAGUAACAAUUAUUUAAAAUCUGUAAUCAAACAAUCGUCCCGAAUAAAAAUAUAUGAAGUUUUAAGUAGAA